AAAAAUAAUUGCGCUCAGCGUCCAACAUUCCUUCACACACACACACAUUACUUGACAAGAUGGGUCUCGCAGGUCCCAAAAGACGCAGCAAGAUCGGUAACGAUCCUAACAACAACAACUGGGUCAAAGCGACAGAUUCCUUCGGCCACAAGAUUCUCGCAUCACAAGGAUGGAAGCCUGGUGACACGCUCGGCGCCAAAGACGCAAACCACGCCUCACACUACACCGUCGGCAGUAACUCACAUAUCCGCGUCCUGCUGAAAGAUGACAAUCUCGGUCUGGGUGCUGCUCGCGCGGGAAAUAAUGCAGAGACAUUCGGUCUGAGUCUGUACUCGGGUCUGCUGGGCAGAUUGAACGGCAAAUCAGAGGCCGAGGUCGAGAAGCAACAGACGGCACAAAGGGACGUGGAGUUGGCCAUGUACCAAGGAAGGAAGUUCGGCAACAUCAACUUUGUCAGCGCUGGUUUCCUGGUCGGCGACAAGAUGGAUCUCAAGUCGACCGUCAUGCCCAACUCGACACUUACUUCCCAACAAUCUGCGCCGGACGCAACGAACAAGAAGCGAAAGAGAUCAGAAGCCGAACAGUCCACAAACGAUGCCUCAUCAGACUCCGACUCCUCUGACUCCUCAGACGACGAGGACGUGGAAGAGGCGCCCAAGCCGAAGAAGAUCAAGGAGUCGAAAAAGGACAAGAAAUCAAAGAAGUCUUCAUCAAAGGCUGCCAGCAUCGAAAGCACAGACGAGGCCAGAUCGAAAGACAAGCGCAAGAAGGAGAAGAGGGACAAGAAGCGAAAGGCUACGGACGGAACAGGCUCCGAGGACGAGACACGGGCAGAGAGAAAGGCACGCAAGGCAGAACGACGUGCAAAGAAAGCAGCAAAGAAGGAAGAGAAGAGGAAGAGAAAGGAGGAGAAAAAGGCAGCCAAGUCGGGCACUGCAACACCAUCAACGGCUCCUGGAACUCCUGCAGAACCUGCCCCUGUGGCUGCUCUAUACGGCAGGCAAAACGUCCGUCAGCGAUACAUUGCUCAAAAGCGUCUUGCCUUUAUGGACCCGCAAGCCAUGAAAGAGAUCUUCAUGGUAAAAGCAUAGAAGUACCUCUUGCUCAAGUCCUUCCAUCUUUCUGCGGGCCACAAAGCGUAGUGUGGUCCUCGUUUUCGAAUUUCUCAUGGCACAUCAUGUACGGAAAGCCUAGAAAAGCGUUCUGUUCUGUCUUCCGGCGCAAUGCAUAUGGUCCCAGGCGUUUUUCCACGUGCGUUGUCCCUACUUUGAUCACUCCAAGAUCCUUCUCAGAAAGCAAUCAUUUUCACCCUAUCGUAGAACUUCUGAGAGCUGUAUGUAAGUGAGCACAUGUGAGGCAGGCGAAAGUUGGUGGAAAUUCCACCUAGAUCACCAU